AAAUAAUGCAGAGUUUAAUUAAAAAAUAUAUUGCUGCUUGUUAUGAUUUCGUAAUGACAUUAUAGCACAUGCUGUUAAAAUGAUUAAAUUAUCAUAACUAUUACGUUAAUUGUUACCUAUUAAACAUACCUGUUUCAAUGCUUUACAUAGUUUCUGCAGAUUGUUUGUAUAUUGUUGAUCUGUUAAAUGAUCUAGUCUAUAAAUACUUUUUUUAGGUGUUGUACACAUCCAUUUGCAGAGAGCAUUGACUUUUUCCUAUAAUUUUUCUCUUCGUUGUAGAAAACAUAUUUUACUUUAUACAUAUAAAAAUGUAGUAAAAAAAAGUUACAAAAAUACCUGAAGUUCACAUUUUUGUAAAUGUCCAUUGUUAGUGAUAACUUUUCCUAAAUCUGCUAUUAAUUCGUCAUGUAUUUCAGAUUUAUUUUUAAACGGCGUUUCUCCGAAAUUAAAUGACUGUGUUAACAUUAUAUGUAUAGGUAUGUAUAUAUUAUCCUUUUCCCCCUUUUUUUCCGUGUGCGUGUGUGCGUUCAACAACUUGUAUUUACAAUCUCCAUAAAAAAUGUAAGAUCAGGAUAUAAUUGCUCUUCAACUGUUGAACAAUAUAUAAUAAAGUGACAUAGCAGUUUUUGGUAUAAUGUAUUUUAUAUCCAGUCUCAUAUCUCGAUAUAUAGCACCAAAAUAAUUAACUAGAAAUUUUCCAUUUAUAAUUGGCAAGACUUGACAAGAUUGAAAGAUUUAAAUGAUUUUGGAAGGUAAACGAAUCUUAUAACAGAAAUUGUCGACAUCUUUCACACAAAAAUAUUCAAAUUUUCAUUUUUCCAAUAACUACACGACUUUUGCUUUUAAUAACAUAAUAAAGGAACAAAGGAACAGUUGAUGCUUGACAAUAUUUAUGAAACAUGUCAUCUCUAGCAAACAACAAUGAGUUACAUGAAGUUUCUACUAAUGUGCCACAAAUGAAAUAUCUACCUUUGCAAGAAUAUCAACAACUUUGUCUAGAUUUACACAAAGCUCAUCAAAAGACUGCAAAUCUUAAUCAGAAAUUAUAUCAUGCUAGAAAAAAUUUGGAGGAUGAAAAACGUAAACGUCGUGUAGUUGAGCACUAUAAAAAUUUACUAGAAAAUCAAAUUAAUACAACUAGAAAAGUGUUAUUCCAUGAUGGACAAGUAAAGUUGGAUGAAGAAAUAAAAAAGAAACUACAAUUUCUUGUCAAACCUAUGUUUGAAAUCAGGAUGUAUAAUAAUAUUCAAUAUGGCCAAGACAAACAGUUCAAUGGAUAUCUGACCACAAUAGCAGAAAUGGAUUCUACAGGUUCAAUAUUAAGCGACUUAAACUGUUUAUCCAAAUCAGAAGAUGACUUGAACACCGAUGCUAUUAUACAAAAACAGAAAAUGAGGAGAGAUUACAAACUUGACGAUGAUAAUUCCGCGAAUGGACAAUGCAGCACGUUAGAUAAAGUUGCAGAAUUUAACUCAAUUGAUAGAGUAACAACCAGUACAAGAGUUAAGAUAAAUGAUGAUACCCACACUGCACCUUUUAAAAUCCAAGUUACAUCUAAUAAAAAAAAUACUGAUUCUAAAUUGUUGAAUACAGAAACAUUUGCAAAUCAUAGUUUUGUAUCAAAAAUAGUUAUUAAACCAGAAACAUGCAUUUUAUGUAAUAAAAGAAUCAGAUUUGGGAAGAUAAUACUGAGAUGCAGAAGUUGCCCUGUUGUGUGUCACGCAGAAUGCAAGAUGCAAGUUAUUCUUUCGUUUUCAUGUGUUUGUGAAGAACCACCAAUAUAAUAGUGUAUCUGUAUUACUAUAUAACUUUUUUUUUAAUUUAAUAUUUUUAUAUAAUUAUUGCAAGAUUUUUAGGUCGACAAAAAAUAAAACCAAUGCUUCAAAAUUUGCUACUCAGCAGUGAAGUAAUAUCGACAAAAAUAAGACACGCUGUUUUUGUACGCCGUUUAAUCCAAUUAAAUCUUAUUAAUCUUAUAUAACAUUUUAUAAAUGUAUA